UUGGGGCAAAGCAGCAUUCCCUGACCCCAGGGGCAUCUGGACACAGCCAUUCUGUUUACAGGCUGAACACCAAAAUCCUCAUCAGGAGUUUUGGUGUGUCCCCUCUGUAAUCCUGUGAAGUCCUGAGAGAAGUGUCAGCCAUGAGGAUCCUGUACCUGCUCUUCCCCUUGUUCCUCCUGUUGGUCCAGGGUGCUGCAGGAUCCUCCUUGGGUCCAACAAACAGGAAACAAUGUCAGAAAGAAAAAGGGUACUGCUCACUCCUGAACUGCUCUUUCCCCUAUGUCAUCGCAGGAAAAUGUUCCAGGUUUUACUUCUGCUGCAAAAGAAUCUGGGGUUGAGACCCUGAAAUUCCCAAGCAGGACAUUCCCUCGCUUCUGGCUCCUGGACCCAUCUCCUGAUGUCCCCUCCCGUCCCUGCCUGUGCCGUGCCCAGCUGCGGUGACAGCAGCAGUGGCAGCUGCUCCUGCUGGGCGCUGCUGGGCUGGAGCCCUCUGCUGCCAGCGCCGGUGUCUCUGGGGCAGGGGCUGCUUUUCGCGGCUUGAAUAAAGACUUUGAGCACGUUGGCAUUGCA